CUCUUCCUCCUCCAUCCACUAUCAGUCCGCUUCCCCAUCUUCUGUCUUUCCCUCCCCUCUCCUUCGCGCAAUACUACUGUUCCAAAAACGAUGGCGACCACAUUGGCUGAUCACAAACGUCCUCAAUUACAGCCUGUGUGCCAGAAUUGCGGCACUUCUACGACACCUCUCUGGCGCAGAGACGAACUCGGCUCCGUCCUUUGCAACGCCUGUGGCUUGUUCCUCAAACUACAUGGCAGGCCCCGUCCGAUAAGCCUAAAGACCGAUGUGAUCAAGAGUCGCAACCGGGUCAAGACUGCUGGUCAGGGCCCUAAGCGUAAGUCCGGCGGUGCUAUCGAUACAAAUGGCUUGUCUACCUCGAGGUCCGAAGCAGGGACGCCGCCCAUGGGGUCCCAAGGAUACCGUCGCGCGUCGCGGAAGGCAUCACCGGGCCAUUCCGACCGAUCCAACUCACCCGUCUCCCGAACCGAAACGCCUGGUAUCCCUUCCAUGCAACAACCACACCCGCAGUCGCAACACAAUGCCAACAUUGCGCCCCAGCACAUGUUCGAUAGUGUCACAAUUGGCGACCAUGGUCUCAAUCAGCCGAAUGCGCUACCCUCGGUGCAGCCGCGCCAGCCCUCGCCCACGGCGACCUCGGCGGCUGUCGACCGCCAUCUCGAGUCACCACAGACCUACGAUGGACUGCUCGCAGCCAAUACCUCUUUGAAGACUCGCGUGAGCGAAUUGGAGUUUAUCAAUGAACUCUUCCGGGGCCGGGUGACGGAACUGGAGCAGAGCGGCGCGACUGCGCGCCGAUCGGAGAUGAUCGUCCGGGACUCCGAGGUACGACUCCGGCGGUCUCUGGAGGAGGCCCAACGGCGCGAAGACGAUCUGAAACGGCGGAUAUCUGAGCUGGAGCGACAGCUUAGCGACCAGACUUCCUCUGCCAAUCCGGCGGGCAAUGACAGUCCCGGCGAACCGCUGGCCAAGCGGAUGCGGCUGUCCGACGUCGUGGAGCAACCUGCGGAAUCGCCGACAAAAUCCCCCAAGAGUGUCUAAGGCCUCACGGGAGGGGUCUUUGUUCGGACGAUGGACGCGCAUGCGUGCGUCGGGCAGCACCGACGUAAACAAAUGCGCACACAGUCUGCGGUGCUGCGUUCUCUGAUCUUCCCCGGUCUCUUUGAUACCCUUUACGAGUCUUGUCAUUGGCUGGCUGUAUAUCGGAUUAACUACCUAAUUAUAUCACACAACCUUCUUUUCGAGCCACUUUCCCCUUCUCUUCUUCUACUCAUCCUAUUUGUUCCGAUAUGAGUCGGGGAGAGAUUAUUCUGCGCCUGCACCUACCCCCUCAUCCCAGCCCGACCGCACAAAAAACCCCUCAGAAAGAGCGAAAAAGAAAAGGACCUGUAAAGGGUUUACAUGUGUUCAAAGUAAUUCGUGUUAUUAUUAACUCCCUGAAUCUAACUACUGUCUUCUUCCAA